UGAGGCUUUAACAGAUUUAACAGAUUUAACAUAGACUCUUCUCAUUUAGUCAGUCAUCAGUAGGACAGGAUGGACCUUCGUUCGCUCUGUGUGAUGCUCUUGCUGACUGGACACAUCCACAUUAUACAAACAGCAGAAAAUCCUAAACCUGAGCUCACAUCAAACCUUAAAGGAGCUGCACUGACGGGAAACUCAGUGACUCUGACCUGUUCACUGAAGCUGCAGUCUGCUGGAUGGAAGUUUUACUGGGACACACCCACAAAGAGCACUGAGACUGAAACACACUCCUAUACCAUCAGAUCAGUUAGAGUCUCUGAUGGAGGUCAGUACAGGUGCAGAGCUGGAAGAGGAAACCCAGUCUACUACACACACUACAGUGAUGCACUCUGGGUAAACGUUACUGAGAGUCCCAAACCUGUGGUGAUUAUAAAUCCUGAUACACAGGUGUACAGAGGAGAGACAGUGACUUUCAGGUGUAACGUACAGACAGGAGGAGACACUGAGUGGACAUAUGACUGGUAUAAGAAUGAUAACACACAGCAACGAGACACAACACAGGAGUUGAUCAUCAGCUCAGUUAGAGACUCUGACGGGGGUAAAUACACCUGCAGAGGGAGGAGAAGAGACUCUCAGCUCUCACAGAUCAGUCAUCCUGUUACACUCUCUGUAUCAGCAAAACCCAAACCGACUGUGAGAGUGAAUUCUCAGAGCUCCAUCUACACUGGAGACAGAGUUACUCUGAGCUGUGAUCUGCAGUCUACUGGAUGGACUUUUUUUUGGGACAGUAAUCAGCAAUCAAGACAUCUGACAUCUGUAGAUACACACAGUAACACACUCCAUGUGACAGUCUCUAAUGACAGACAAAUAAAAUACUACUGUAAAGCACACAGGGGAAACUACGAGUCAGAGCGCAGUGAUCCAACCACAAUCACAGUGAGAGCGAGACCGCAGCCUGUAGUGAAAGUCCAUCCAGCUGAGAGUGUGUUCAUUGGGGAAAGAGUCACUCUCACAUGUGAGAUACAGACUGGAGGAUUCUGGCAGUACCACUGGUAUAGAGAUAAUAAAGAACUCAGAGAUGAAAGAUGGACAACAUACAAAAUCAGUAAAGUUAAAGAGUCUAAUAAAGGUGAUUAUACAUGUAAAGGAACAAAGUCAUCAGACCCAAAAUACACACAGACCAGUGCUGCUGUUACACUGACUGUAUCAGAGAGUCCUAAACCUGUGGUGAUUAUAAAGCCUGAUACACAGGUGUUCAGAGGAGAGAAAGUGACUUUCAGGUGUGACAUACAGACAGGAGGAGACACUGAGUGGACAUACAGCUGGUAUAAGAAUACUUACACACAGUCACACCGCACAGCACAGGAGUUCAACAUCAACUCAGUUAAAGGUUAUUAUGACGGGGGUAAAUACACCUGCAGAGGGAGGAGAAGAGACUCUCAGCUCUCACAGAUCAGUGAUGCUGUUACACUCUCUGUAUCAGAGAAACCCAAACCGACUGUGAGAGUGAAUCCUCAGAGCUCCAUCUACACUGGAGACAGAGUUACUCUAAGCUGUGAUCUGGAGGGUCCUGGAUGGACUUUUCUCUGGUACAAAGAUUAUCAGCAAUCAAAAUACCAGAAACCUGUAGAUAUAGGCAGUAACACACUUAAUGUGACAUUCUGUAAUGAAGAACGAACAACAUACUACUGUAAAGCACACAGGGGAGACUACGAGUCAGAGCGCAGUGAUCCAGCCACGAUCACAGUGGGAGCGAGACCGCAGCCUGUAGUGAAAGUCCAUCCAGCUGAGAGUGUGUUAAUUGGGGAAAACGUCACUCUCACAUGCGUGAUUGGAGGAUCCUGGCAGUACCACUGGUAUAGAGAUAAUAAAGAACUCAGUGAUGCUGCAGGAGAGAAAACAUACACAAUCAAUGAUGUUAAAGAGUCUAAUGAAGGUGAUUAUACAUGUAAUGGAACACAAUCAUCAGACCCAAAAUACACACAGACCAGUGCUGCUGUUACACUGACUGUAUCAGAAACUCUUAAACCUGCACUUACAUCACCCCUUAAAAGAGCUGCACUGACGGGAAACUCAGUGACUCUGACCUGUACACUGGAGCUGCCGUCUGCUGGAUGGAAGUUUUACUGGAUAAAAGACACACAAAAUAAUGAGACUGAAACAAACUCCUACACCAUUAAAUCAGUUAGUGUCUCUGAUGGAGGUCAGUACAGGUGUAGAGCUGGAAGAGGAAACCCAGUCUACUACACACACUACAGCAAUGCAAUCUGGGUAAAUGUUACUGAGAGUCCUAAAGCUGUGGUGAGCAUAAGACCUGAUAAUCAUGUGUUCAGAGGAGAGAGAGUGACUCUCAAAUGUGAAAUACAGGGAGGAGGAGACACUGAGUGGACGUACAGCUGGUAUAAAAAUGAUUACUUACUCGACUCAGACCAAAUAACACAGGAGUUCAACCUCAGCCCAGUUACAAUUGAUAACGGGGGUAAAUACACCUGCAGAGGGAAGAGAAGCAGUGACUCUCAGAGCUCAGAGAUCAGUGAUGCUCUUACACUCACUGUAUCAGACCCAGCAGAGACAGUAGUGAGUGUGUCUCCACUGAGCUGGCUGACUGAAGGAGACUCAGUGACUCUAAGCUGUGAGGUUAAACACUCCUCUACAGGCUGGACAUUCAGCUGGUACACAGAUGUUCCCUACAGAGACAGUCAGGGUUCCCUCAGGUACAGGACAGCGCUCCUCUCAGACAGCAGCAGAGGAUCUGGAGGCUCCUACACUCUCAGUCCUGUUACUCUGAAUCACACAGGAGUUUAUAUGUGCAGAGCAGAGAGAGGAGAACCAGCCUUUCACACACACUACAGUGAACCACAGCCUCUGUGUGUCACUGUUGAGUCUCCUCCAGUGUCUCUGAUCAUCAGUCCCAGCAGAACUCAACACUUUACUACAGACUCUCUCUCACUGAGCUGUGAGGACCAGAGAGACUCUACAGGAUGGACAGUGAGAGGACACACACACAGUGAGACACUGUACAAUUGUCCAUUAGUUUCAGGAUCUACAUGUUACAUCAGCUCCCUCUCUACAUCACACACUGGAGUUUACUGGUGUCAGUCUGAAUCUGGAGGACGCAGUAAUUCUCUCAACAUCACAAUACAUGAUGGUGAUGUGAUCCUGGAGAGUCCUGUCCGUCCUGUAACUGAGGGAAAUCUUCUAACUCUACAAUGUUUAUAUCGCUCAAAGAUUUCAGACUCUCGUGUUGAUUUCUAUAAAAAUAAUUCACUGUUUCAGAAGCAGACUACAGGAAAGAUGACCAUCAGGAGUGUCUCAAAGUCAGAUGAAGGUUUCUACCACUGUACACACCCAGAGAGAGGAGAGUCACCGAAAAGCUGGGUUUCAGUCAGAGUUUCACCUUCUGGAUCUUCUGGUGUAGUUGUAGGACUGAGUUUGGUCUUCAUGUUUACCAUCUUAAUCGUCUUACUCAUUCUUUUGCUGCACUACAAGAAACAAAAAGUAUUAGAAGUUGUGGAAUAUCAGACUCCUUCUGCAGUAAAUCGGGCCAACUUUCAGGCUGCAGGUGGUGACCCUAUCUAUGAAAAUGCUGCUUUAAGAUCCACAGUUGAUUCUGCAGCUGGCUCCAGCAAUACAAUGUACUCACAGGUUGUAAUGUGGAAAAAGUAUCACAAAGGCGAAGGUAAUGAGAUGUAUUCUCAAAUUGAGAUGAAAAAUAUUAGAUCUCAUGAUAAAGAUGCUGUCACCGAACCGAGUGAUGUGACUUAUGUUGAAAUUGACCUGACAAACCAAACAAAGCAGAAGAUAAAACAAGAAAAGCACAGUGAGGAAGAAGACACUGUUUACUCAGAACUGAACCAGAACACAGAUCAAGAAGAUUUUGGAGAAACUGCUGAUGAAACUUAUGCCCAGGUUAAUAGAAAACGCAAAAGGGAUAAUGCAGGUUCAUAAAGAAAGUUCAAAGUAUCUAUCCAGGAAUGGUGGAAACAAACACUGUGAAGGGGAAAUAGUGGUGCACUGCAGUUUUUGUAAAAAAUUAAUAUUAUUAUUCCAGUCCUCAAAUACAAGCAUGAUAGAAACUCCUGAUUAGGUUGUUAAGAUAAGCAGGAGCUAAAUGUACAGUAUUUAUUCUUACACACUGCAUGAUGAAUUUUUUCUAAACUAAUUUACAGUAUUAUUAAAGUUAAACAUAAUUGCUUAAGUUAGGAUUUUAAAUGUUAUUCACUUCAUGUUUAUUUACGUACUUUAGGUUACUUAUGCUGUUUACCUUUUAGUAAAUUCUGAAAAAAAAUAUCAGUUUGAAUGAAUAAAUCAGCAAAAUGAAACAGUCAGUGAUCGAGUUUUGUAAUUAUGAGCUAACUCAUGAACUGUUUUAUUUAUUCAUUUUUAUUUUUAAGUGCCUCUUCAGUAUUCAGUAGGCAAUGCAGUCUUAGGCACCCUGUGUUUUUAGUACAAAUGUUGUUAUAUGUGACUAUUUUAUAUAAAAAAAAAAAGUUUAAAUGUACAAUGAUCAUGUAUAAUUUAUAGAACAUGUAUUUUGUACAUAAUUAUAAUAUACUAUCAUAUACUUGUGUAACUAUGCAAUUCUUAUGUUUAUUAUUGCAUUUUUUUUGGCAUGUGUUUUAAUGCCAGGUAACCAUACAUAACCAUAAUUUAUGAUUUAUAAAAUACAUAAAAAUAAUUAAUAAAAAAUAUAAAAUAAAAAUUAAACAAUUUAACCUGCACUUUACCUUUAAAAAAAGUAAAAAUGCGUUGCGAC